CGCAAAUCGCUCAUCACGAUACAGACGGGUGUGGUGUUCGACUCGGCGCCCUUCAUGCGCUUCUAUAGUUCCGUGAUCAAACAGCCCGACAGCUCUUACGCCAUUGGAAGCGCGGCUUGGGUUGUGUUCGCCGGUGCACACCCGAAGAACGCGUUGAAUAAGGUUUCGUCUUUCUGCGACGUCGAGAUGCAAGACCCCAGCGGCUCGAUAUCCACCGUGCUGACCGACGUGCACUGGGACUUGCGCUACCACUGGCAGCGCCACCUCAUUUCCGAGAGCAAGAACAAGUGCGAGUGGAACAUCCGCCCCGGCGGCCGCACGAGCGUCCCUGACACCUACCGCUUCGUGCACCGCGGGUACUCGAAGAACUUGCUGGGCAAACUCAAGGAGUACACGGCAACGUCCAACACGUUCACCGUGACUGCGUAG